AUGCACCAUAAAGAUGUGCUUGAUCUUCUGCUCCACGCAUUUCAAUGUGAACUUCCGCAAUGCCAGGACCCUGACUGCCUUAAGGUUAAGGAAAUGUAUAGUCAAGGUAUAAAGUGUCAUGGUUUACGGUGCACAAUUCCUAUUUUUGGUGGUUGUGAUCCGUGUGCAAAAAUGUGGUAUGUGCUUCAACUUCACGCGCAAAAUUGCAACAAAGAAUUUUGCUAUGUGCCGCAUUGCAGUGAGAUAUAUGUGUACACAAAUUCAAUCCCUUCUUCUUCUAAUCCUUUUACAACAUCAACAUCUCUAACAGAAACAGUAACCGGAUCACAUCAAUUCAAGAUCACCGGUUAUUCAUUACUAAAAGGUUUAGGGCUUGGUAAAUAUAUAGCUUCGGAAACAUUUGAUGCUGGUGGAUAUAAAUGGGCGAUACAUUUUUAUCCAGAUGGGAAAAAACUCGAAGAUAAUGCUGCUUAUGUCUCUUGUUUCAUAGCUCUUGCUAGCGAGGGUACAAAUGUUAUAAGGGCUCUUUUUGGAUUAGCACUUUUGGAUCAGAGUGGGAAAGAAAGGCAUAAGGUUCAUAGUCAUUUUGAGGUAAGAACCCUUGAGAAUGGUCCUUAUAAGCUUAAAUACCGUGGUAGCAUGUGGGGAUAUAAACGUUUUUAUAGAAGAACUAUGCUAGAGAUGUCGGACUACCUUAAAGACGAUUGUCUUAUAUUUCACUGUAAGGUUGGCGUGGUAAAGUCCCACACAGAGGGAUCCAAGAAAGAACCUCCACCUGAGGAUAUUGGCCAGCACUCCGGGGAGCUCUUGGAAAGAGAACAAGCCGCGGAAGCUGUGGGGGACAAAAUGGGUGGUGGCCUCUCUGUUGCAGAGGCCGUGGUGGAUGAAAUGGAUGAAAAGGAUGUUGUUGUGGACAAAAUGCAUCACCUCUCCAUAACAGAGGCUCAUGUGCUGGAUACAAUAGAUGAACAUCACCGCUUUGUAGAUGAUGAGUGGACAUUAAUAUAG